CUGGAGGGCGGUUAUUUGAUCCGUAGAUGCGUCUCUGUGAGUCUUAAUACGGCUGGAAGUAUCUGUCCAUCUCCUGAGGAAUCUGUUGAAGAAUGGAGUGGUAUGUCCUGGUGCUGAUGCUGAGCUUGCCUUCGUCCCUCCGCGCAGAUUGCUCUUCCCAGUGUGAGAAAUGCGUGCAGCAGCUCCUCAGCCCCGACGCCGCCUUCAGCAGCCUGUCGUGCAGUGCGGAGUGUGCGGGCCAGCCGCAGGGCUGCGGCCGUGAGGCUCCGGGGCUGGCCGACCUCAGCCAGGAUGAAGCCGCUGCGGAGGAGGAGGAGGAGGAGAGACAGCGGGCGGAUCUGGUCAAACGCUACGGCGGCUUCAUCAAGAGGAUCGAGCGGAACAAAAAGAAAAUCUUCGCCUCUCCGUGGCGCGACAAUGUCAUCGUGAAGCUCGGAGCGCUGCCCGACAAAUACCAGGACUUGUGGAAGACGCUGGGGGAGAGAGAUAUAGACGCGCCGCGGGACGCAGACGACGCUCCGGAGGACCGCGCGCUUCAUACUGACGUUAAACGUUACGGCGGCUUUUUACGCAAAUUCGGCCCCAAGUCGAAGAGGAGUAGUUCCGCGGAGCAGGACGGCCAGGAGACCGAGGAGCUGCACAAGCGCUACGGGGGCUUCCUGAGGAGGAUCCGGCCGAAGUUGAACAACCUGAAGUGGGACAAGCGUUACGGAGGCUUUCUGCGCCGCAACUUCAAAAUCUCUGCGCGCUCAGCCGAGGAGCCAUAUUACUCCUAUGAUGAGUUGAGCCUAUAG